AAAUUUUUAUUGCUAAAAUCUCAACUUGAAACCUCAUAUAUACGCUCAUUUGCCGCUACAUGAUAGUACAUCACGUGACCGUAUCUCAUCUAAUUAGAUUACGAAUAAAAUGUUUCAACAUGGCAUCCAUCACUUUUUUAUAAAAGGGAAGAUGUUACAAUACUUUCAUUAUAUAAACAUUCUUAUAUAUUUGAUUACAAUUAGACUUAAGCCAUCUGAUUAAAUAAUUUUGAUUUAACAUUCACUAUGGCACUGCGAAACAACCAAACAAAUUUAUUAAUUUACUUGUAUUAAUUCAACUUGUUAUCUGCUUUUCGAAAUAGUAGUUUAUACUUAUUGGGACCUAGUAAGAACUUUUUACGAUAAAUUCAUCAAGUAAAAUUUAUUACAAGUAUUACUAGAGGUAAUAUUAUAACCGUGUGAUCCUAAAUAUAAUACGCUUACUAAACGACUAAUGAUUAUAAUAAAUGUUUAAACAGCAGACGUUUCUUGACCUGGAAAUCUUGAUCGAUAAUUUUUGUUUCAUAUUUUUGAUUAAAUUAAAUAAAUCAAAAUUAUUUAGGCGCUGGCUACACAUACGAGCGUACGCAGGGGCAUGCAAGUUACUGGAAAAUGUAGUGCAGCCAAUUGUUGAAUUUGGACGAACAGUAUCAUUACUUAUUCGGAUUAAAGAAGAAAAUACUUCAGACCAUGAAUAAUCACACACAAGUUGAGGCUAUAAUUAUGUGUGUAAUCGCUUGCUUUAUAACUACUUUUUUUCAUCCCAAUUUUCGUUGGGGUCUGAUAACCGCUGCUACCGUUAGUCGCGGAGAACUAUGACCUAGAUAAAGUCGAGUAUUUGCUAGAACAAAAGCAGCAACGGCCAGACAUUUAUUACAAUCUUAUUUAUGAAUAGGUUGUAAAAAGAGACGAGGAAACGAAAGUCAGCGACAUCCUCGAGCUGCGCUUGCAUCACGGUGCCGACGUUCAGGAUUUGUUUUUGCGCGUUACAUCAGAUGCUCGACAAACCGAUAGACAAAGUUGAACGCAACAAACCAAUUGCAAUUUUGUUUAAAUUCAAACGUUUAAUAUGACGUCACCCAUAAGAAAUACAUUGUCCUCAAUUUUAAACACUUCUAAACGUUUAAAUUCAGCGGCAAUAUAUUUCUUAUGGGUGACGUCACAAUUACACGCUUGAAACGUUUAAAUUUAAACACAUAGGAUUUUAAAGUUUCGCCGUGAUAAUGUAUCAAAUAUUUGAUUAUUUGGAUAAUGGAGAUGUAGAAAUUUUGCGAAAGACUUAAAUUGUUAAGAGCUCAAACGAAAGAGAAACUUUACAUUUAUUUUACAAUAAAUCAUUAUAAGAUUAGUUUAAAAUCGAUGGUGCGAAAAUUGCAGUCAAAAGGAUUAUCGCGUUAAACGUGCCGAACGGUAUCGCUGGCUUAAUAGCCCAAUAACCGAAAUACCCAGGGGUAAAAUGGAAAGCAUUUUCCGAAUAAAAUAUCUUUGGACUAGCGAUCUUUUGGCGAUAUGCAUUUGUUUCGAGUGUAUAAAGUUAGGCCGUCUAGAUGCUGAUCCCCAUCUUGACCUUGAAGUAUCGAGAAAACAGAGAGAAUAUAAGAGACGCCGGGGAUCGCAGUACUGCCUGUAUUGCUUUAAUCUUCUUGAUUACGGCAAUUCAGCCUUGUUGAUAAACAGCUGUGUAUCUAAGAUCUCGUUUGUUCUAAGGUGCACGGCACGAAACGGGAGUUCCUCAAAUGAGCCUGAAGACAGCAGCGUAAACGCAAUAGAUAGAAUAAUACAUGGGACUUAUUUCCAAAAAUAUAGAUUCGUUUUCGUAAAAAUGUUGUACUACGAAUAUCAUUCUGUUAGUUCGUUUGAGAUGAACUAUUCUCGAAUAUCUGGCAUUCAGCUUCUACUACUAGUACUCUCAACAAUUCAGCCACUUGGAUCGUGCCAAAAGAUUGCCCGUGGCGGCAUUUACGUAGAAAACGAUGAGAAUCAAACCGUUCCUCAUCAGUUUGUUUCCCGGCGGGAGAAGCGAGCUUUUGUCAAAAAAAUUUUGAAAAUGCUCAAUUUGCCAACCAAAGUCAAUCGCUCACGCAAUGCAACUCUGCGGCUAAACAGUCCAGCUGCUCGUUUCGUACAUGACGUUUACAGAAUCAACUUGGGAAAACGUGACGAUGCAUCAUCGUUCAAAUUCACUGACGCAGACCUCAAAACAAUCAAAGAUAGCGAUGUGAUUUUAUCCUACUCGGCUCUUUCGAGGAACGGGAGUCAGGCAAAAAAUAAGUUAUGGUUUGACUUGUCCAAGAGGCCAGAGUCCAGCAACGCAUUCCGGUCAGAACUGCAAGUCUACGUGAAGCCAACUGUCGGUAGCACUUGGCGAAUUUCACUGUUCGAUUUGGAAGGUUUCGUCGACUCGAUAAACGUGACCAAAGACGGCUGGAUCAAGUUUGAUACAGGCCGAGUUUUGAGACGCUGGUUGAGUUGCGCCAAUUGCAGUUUCGAGGUACAUCUUUCAACUGUCAAUCUGGAGCACGACGAUGACGACAGCCAAGUGUUGGUACUGGACGAGCCACAGAAUAAAGCGUUUCUCGUUGGCUACUUCGUGAAGCUAUACCAUGACUCAACUCACAUGACAGAGGGGAGCAUAAGGAAACAACGCAGCACGACGACGAGGAACUACCUGGAGAAUCCGUACUCGGGAGUGUACGAAAACCAGCGUCAUCGGAAAACAAGCUGCUCGAUGUAUUGGCUUCACGUGCGUUUCAGCGAGUUGGACUUCAACAAGCACAUCGUCGAGCCGGACGGCUUCGACGCAAACUACUGCCAUGGGGAGUGCCGUUUCCCGUUAGCCGCGCACAUGAACGCCACUAACCAUGCCCUCGUGCAGACUCUCGUGCACUUUAUCGAACCGGGUCUGGCUCCCCGCGUCCUGUGCGCACCCCGCAAAUACGACGAUUUGCCCGUUUUUUACUCCCAUGAUGGAGACGAUUUCGCUUACAAGAUCUACCGCCAGAUAGUUGUGAGAGACUGUGGUUGCUGUUGAAAGUCAUACUGCGGAUGCCUAACGAUUUCAUUAGUGCAGCAGCCUUCCGACUAGUCCCAUCGGAAAAAUCACGCUACGAUUACGAGAUCAGAUUAGAAAGAGCCGAUGCAAAUCCCUAGCGAUCCUUAAUUUUUAAUUUUAAUUUUUAUAACAAAUAAGAAGACGACAAGGAAGACAAGAACGACAUUGAUGGUAAGGAGGAAUUGAUGGCAUCACAACUAAACUGGUGCGGCCCUUUCUCGUUGGAGACCGUGGAGGAGAUAAAUAGGCGCUUGCACCAAGUAGACAUCGGAAGGACCACUCUCCGGCGCGCAGAGGACAACUCGUUACCAGCUCAAGCCGUCAAGCCGAUAAUGGUCGUGCGGCCAACCGUGGCCACGCAAAUGGCAACGACGACAUCGGUUGAGCUGCAGAAGUCCCGAUCGUCAUCGUGAAAGAGCGCCCCGCCAGAAGCAGUCGAGCCCAAAGUCAAGAACGAGGAGGGGAUCGGUAACUUGCCCGCAACGCGACGCCACUCCUCGCAGUGAUGAGAAUCCGAUGAGGUUACAAAAAAUUUCAUUUUCAUGAAGUUGUAUCUUAUCUAUAUGGAGAAAAUUCCACCGACACAUUUGAUUUGAGCACUUUUGGUUUUCUCUAUAGAACCAUUCCAAUAACCAGCAACAACUGCAUUUAUGAUGGGAAAAUUGAAAGUGACCGGAAAUAUUCAAAAGGCCAUGGAAUUAGAAAAACUGAUGGACAGUUUGAAAUCCAAAUUGUAGUCUGAAAAGUUACAAAGAAUGUUGAUUCUUUUUAUAAGCAAAGUUUUGUAAAAAUGGUUAAAUUAGGGUACAGCAA